UUACUUGAUAUUCCCAAACACCUGUUUUCGAUCAAACCAUGCAAUUCCAGUCUGUAUAGAGACUGGUUUAAAAACCCUAACUAGUUCGAAGAAGAAUUCAUUGUGCAUUCGAUGGCUGCUGCAUCCAAUGGAUCAGAGUAUUUUGAGAUAGAAUUAGAAACAGGAAACGAAUCAUUUGCAAGGCCAUCAAAUGCAGAAUCAUAUGCACAAGAUGAAGAAGAGUUAUUAUGGGCAGCACUUGAAAGAUUACCGACACAAAAGAGAUCAAAUUUCGCUAUACUGAAGAAAAGUCCAUCUGAAUCAGAUGGUCAGGAAUCUACUCAUGAAACCAUUGAUGUUCGUAAACUUGAUCGUUUUGGUCGUCAACUUGUUGUUAAGAAAGCUUUUGCUACCAAUGAACAAGACAAUUAUAAUCUUUUAUCUGCUGUUAAAGAUCGACUCAACCGAGUUGGAUUGGAGAUUCCGGAAAUUGAAGUAAGGUUUGAGAGACUGCACAUCACAGCUGAUGUUCAAACAAGCUCUAGAGCAUUACCUACUCUUGUCAAUUAUGUUCGUGACACCAUGGAGGACGUAUUAGUUAGUCUGAAGAUAUUUCGCCCACAAAGGCAUUCCUUGACUAUCUUGAACAAUGCUAGUGGUUUCGUUAAACCUGGACGGAUGACAUUGCUGCUGGGACCACCAGGUUCUGGUAAAUCAACAUUGUUAAAAGCUCUUGCCGGAAAGCUCGAAUCAACAUUACAGAAAAGUGGGACUAUUACAUUCAAUGGUCAAACAUUUGAUGAAUUUUGUGUAAAGAGGAGUGCAGCAUACAUUGGCCAAACAGAUAAUCAUAUUGCAGAGCUAACAGUACGUGAAACUUUAGAUUAUGCUGCAAGGUUUCAAGGUGCAAGCGAUGGGUUCGGAGCAUACUUGAAAGAUCUAGUUAGACUAGAGAAGGAACAGAAUAUACGUCCAAAUCCAGAAAUCGAUGCAUUUAUGAAGGCAUCUUCUGUCGGGGGUAAACAUAGUCUAGCAACAGAUUACAUUCUGAAAGUUCUUGGCCUUGGCGUUUGUGGUGAUACCCUUGUUGGUAAUGAUAUGCUUAGAGGUGUUUCAGGUGGUCAAAGAAAGAGAGUUACUACAGGAGAAAUGAUAGUUGGGCCAAUAAAGACGCUUUUAAUGGAUGAAAUUUCCACUGGACUUGAUAGUUCUACAACAUAUCAAAUUGUGAAAUGUGUUCGAAAUUUUGUGCAUCAAAUGGGCGGUACUGUAUUGAUGGCUCUACUUCAACCUGCACCUGAGACAUAUAAUCUGUUCGAUGAUCUAAUUCUACUAUCGGAAGGGCACAUUGUUUAUCAAGGUCCUCUAGAAAAUGUUGUAGAGUUCUUUGAAUCAUUAGGCUUUAAACUGCCACCUCGCAAGGGUGUUGCUGAUUUUCUUCAAGAGGUUACUUCGGUAAAAGACCAAGAACAAUACUGGGCUGAUCAUUCAAGACCAUAUGAAUAUCUUCCUGUUUUAAAAAUUAGAGAAGCAUUUGAAAAUUCUAUUUAUGGAAGGGCUAUGGCUUCAAAUCUCUCUGUUCCGUAUGAUAAACAAAAGUCUGUUCCUUCAGCUCUUUCUCAAGAGCAGUAUGCUGUAUCAAAGAAAGAACUCUUCAAGACAUGCUUAGCUCGAGAAAGUUUACUGCUUAGCAGGCAUCGCUUUCUUUAUAUAUUCCGAACAUUCCAAGUUGCAAUUGUUGGGUUUAUCACAUGCACAAUGUUUCUACGAACAAGAAUACAUCCUACAGAUGAGAUAAACGGAAACCUCUAUCUUUCAUGCUUGUUUUUCGCGCUGGUGCAUAUGAUGUUCAAUGGAUUCUCUGAAUUACCUAUUAUGAUAUCCCGUCUCCCGAUAUUCUACAAGCAGAGAGAUAAUUACUUUCAUCCUGCCUGGGCAUGGUCCAUACCGAGUUGGCUUUUGCGUGUACCUUACUCCGUCAUUGAAGCCGUUGUAUGGGCAGUUGUGGUAUAUUACACUGUUGGCUUUGCUCCUGGUGCUGGAAGGUUUUUCCGGUUCAUACUCCUACUCUUUUCUGUACAUCAAAUGGCUUUGGGCCUAUUCCGAUUGAUGGCUGCUACUGCAAGGGAUAUGAUCAUUGCUAAUACAUAUGGGUCUGCUGCCAUCCUGAUUAUAUUCCUGUUGGGUGGAUUUGUCCUUCCGAAAGCAAUGAUCAAGCCAUGGUGGGUUUGGGCUUUUUGGUUGUCCCCAUUAUCAUAUGGACAACGUGCAAUUUCCGUCAAUGAGUUUACUGCAACAAGAUGGAUGCAGCAUUCUAAAUAUGCAAACACCACAGUAGGAGAUAAUGUUCUCCAAUCACAUGGUCUUCCUACUGAAGAUUACUGGUAUUGGAUUGGCGUAGGUGUUUUAUUAGGCUUUGCAUUUCUGUUCAAUAACCUGGUGACUGUUGCAUUGGCUUACCUAAAUCCUCUUUCAAAGGCGCAAGCAAUGAUUACUCCAGAUGACAAAGAACAAAAUGCUAAUGAAACUGGUGCAAUAGAUAAUUCAAAACAGAAGCAGGUUCCUCUGGAAAGAAGAGCUUCUGACAAGGGAAUGAUUCUUCCAUUUAAACCAUUAACAAUGACAUUCCAUAAUGUCAAUUACUUUGUUGACAUGCCCAAGGAAAUGAAAGGUACCAAAGAAAAGAAGUUGCAACUCUUGUCAAACGUGAGUGGAGCAUUCUCACCAGGUGUUCUUACCGCAUUAGUUGGUUCUAGUGGGGCGGGAAAAACAACAUUGAUGGAUGUGCUUGCGGGUAGGAAGACUGGUGGAUACGUAGAAGGUGAUAUCAGGAUAUCAGGGUACCCAAAAGAGCAAAAAACUUUUGCUAGAAUCUCAGGAUACGUUGAGCAAACGGAUAUACAUUCACCUCAAGUAACAGUUGAGGAGUCACUCUGGUUCUCUGCAUCACUUCGUCUUUCAAACGAUGUCAGACAAGAGACCAAAAAAGAGUUUGUUGAAGAAGUUAUGGCACUGGUGGAGAUUAAUAAUCUACGAAAUGCUCUGGUUGGUUUGCCUGGGAGUACUGGUUUGUCAACGGAGCAAAGAAAACGUCUGACCAUUGCGGUGGAGCUAGUCGCAAAUCCUUCUAUAAUUUUCAUGGAUGAACCCACUUCUGGAUUAGAUGCUCGAGCAGCAGCUAUCGUAAUGCGUACUGUACGUAAUACUGUUGACACGGGAAGGACUGUGGUUUGUACCAUACACCAACCCAGCAUUGACAUAUUUGAAGCAUUUGAUGAGCUACUUUUGAUGAAACGAGGAGGUCGAGUUAUAUACGGUGGGAAGCUUGGUGAGCGCUCGAAUAUCUUGAUCGACUACUUUCAGAGUAUUGAGGGAAUUCCUCCUAUACCCGAUGACUACAAUCCAGCCACAUGGGUGCUGGAGGUCACUACACCAGCUACCGAAGACAAAAUUUGCCAAGACUUUGCGGAUAUAUACAGGGAUUCUGCACAAUUCAGGGGAGUAGAAGCUUUGAUUGAGGAAUUGCGUACUCCACCCCCUGGUUCAGAACCACUGACAUUUUCAGCGACAUUUGCAACAACUCGUUUAACUCAAUUCAUAACUUGUUUAUGGAAACAACAUCUUGUUUACUGGAGAAGCCCUCAAUACAAUGUCGUGCGGUUAGUCUUUACUACAAUUAGUGCACUGAUAAUUGGCUCGGUAUUUUGGAAUGUUGGUUCGAGAAGGAGCACGACACAAGAUUUGAUGGUUGUUAUGGGAGCUCUAUAUUCAGCAUGCUUGUUUCUUGGUGUGAAUAAUUCAUCUUCAGUACAGCCAGUAGUUGCUAUUGAGCGAACGGUCUUUUACAGAGAGAAAGCAGCUGGAAUGUAUGCUGCAUUUCCUUAUGCAGCUGCCCAAGGUCUUAUUGAGAUUCCAUACAUUGUCGUCCAGACAUUAGUAUAUGGUUUCAUCACCUUCUUCAUGAUCAACUUUGAGAGGACUUUAGUAAAAUUCCUGCUGUACGUGUUGUUUAUGUUCUUAACGUUCAUGUAUUUCACUUUCUACGGGAUGAUGGCGGUUGGGUUAACACCUUCUACGCACUUGGCUGCUGUGCUCUCUUCUGCAUUUUACUCAUUGUGGAAUCUUCUCUCUGGUUUUCUUGUUCCAAAGCCUAUGAUCCCAAUAUGGUGGCUCUGGUUUUACUAUAUUUGCCCAGUUGCUUGGACUCUACGUGGCAUUAUAACAUCUCAGUUAGGUGAUGUAGAAGAUCAUAUUGUGGGUGCUGGAUUCGACGGGACUGUGAAAGAGUAUAUCCAUAAUAACCUUGGCUAUGGUCCUGGUAUGAUUGGUGUCAGUGCAGCGGUGCUUCUAUGUUUCUGCCUUUUCUUCUUUGGUAUCUUUGCUACCUCUAUCAAGAUCCUUAACUUCCAGAGAAGGUAA